AUGGGGUGUAUCUUCCCGUUUAGUGCCGUCCAGAAGGGUGAUGUCGACUUGACAAAGGACGCGCGCCUCAUACACGACUUGUCGUUCCUGAAAGGAGCGUCCAUCAAUGACACCACGGUAGACGAAGAAGAGAUCACUGUUUCUUACGAUGGAGUAGAACCAAUUGCCAAACGCAUUUUGAAUGUGGCCUCCGAACAUCCAGGUCAGCAAAAUAUGAUGACGGGUGACGUCAACGGCGUUUUCCGCCAUAUUCCUGUUGCUGCUGAUGCCGUUCGGUGA